AUGUCUGCUUCCCCAUCCAACCUUCAAUCGGCCAAGCGUCCCCUCGAGGACCCAUCCUCCCCUUCCGGCCCCAAUGACCAGCCCGAGGCCAAACGCCCGGCACUGGACAAAGUAGUCAAGAGCGAUGACGCCGAGGCCGAGGCAGAUGUCUCCAGUGAGAAGGUCCCGACUACUGAUGGCGCCAAGGACACCCAAGGAGAUACUGUGGUCCCUGAUGCUCCCAAUGGCAAGGGUGCCCCUGCCGAACCCCAACCGAUCCAAUCAACAGCUUCCCAGGCUGACCGGACGGCUUCUGACCAGCCCCCCGUGGAUGAGUCAAGCUGGGUCCACAUCCGUGCCGUCAUCUCCAGCCAGGAAGCUGCCACUGUCAUCGGAAAGGGAGGUGAGAACGUGUCUCAGAUCCGUCAGCUGUCAGGUGCCAAGUGCACCGUCAGUGACUAUUCCCGAGGUGCCAUUGAGCGUAUCCUGACCGUGAGCGGUCCUCAGGAUGCUGCUGCCAAGGCAUUUGGCCUCAUCAUUCGUACCCUUAACAAUGAGCCUCUUGAGGCUGCCUCUACUGCCCAAUCCAAGACAUACCCCCUCCGCUUGCUAAUCCCUCACAUUCUGAUUGGCUCCAUCAUUGGAAAGGGUGGCAGCCGCAUCCGUGAGAUCCAGGAAGCCUCUGGCGCUCGUCUGAACGCCUCUGAUGCCUGCCUUCCUCUUUCGACCGAACGCUCACUCGUCAUUCUCGGCGUCGCAGAUGCCGUGCACAUCGCAACCUACUAUGUUGCCUCCACAUUGGUCGAACAGUUGACCGAGCGUUUCGGCGGUCCCGCCGCUUCGGCCUAUGCCACUCGCAGCGGCGGUCCUGCUGGCGCUGUCCCCGGGGGCAUGCAGGUUGUUCCCUAUGUUCCCCAGCCCGCUGGCGGCCAGUACGGCCACCCCGAAACCUUCAAGCGUCACCACCCCCACCCCAACCGCGCCGGUGGCGGUGCUUACGGGGUCCCCUAUCUUCACGGCCAACCUGCCCCCGCCCCAAUUCCCCAAACCCCCAUGCACUUUGCACCUGCGCCUCAAGCCCCCUAUGGCGGCACCGGACCCCACCAGCCCGCUCCCUUUGUGGGCGGUCCUCAACAGCCCACUCCUGGACGGGGCCCCCCGGCUGCCCCUGCACCCGUGGCCGGCGCCGGCGCCAUGCCUGGCCAGCCACUAACCCAGCAGAUUUUCAUUCCUAACGACAUGGUCGGUGCCAUCAUCGGAAAGGGUGGUGCAAAGAUCAACGAAAUACGCCACCUGAGCGGCAGCGUCAUCAAGAUUAACGAGCCCCAGGAGAGCAGCAAUGAGCGUCUUGUCACCAUCACUGGCACGGCCGAAUGCAACCAGAUGGCACUCUACAUGCUCUAUUCACGACUUGAAAGCGAAAAGCACCGGAUCUAA